CCCCACUUCAUCAGGCAGCAUACGGCAGCCCUGCAGUGCGAUCACACAGUAUGGGUAUGGGGCUAUGAGAUUGAGAGAAAGAAAGCUGAGAGAAGCGAGAGAGACAAGAGGGGGGGGGGAGUUACAAAGAAGAGCUUGAGGGAUUUGCUUGGAUGAGAAGGGGGGGGGAUGAACAGUGAGUCUGUUGGCUGUCGUGGAUGUGAGAAGGACGUGGCGGCAGUGGCUGAGCUUAAGGCAGAUCGUUGGUCUCCUGUGUAGAAGUAGCCAGCGUGAGGACGCUAUGCCCUGUGAGCAGUGAGGGGUAGCGUGUGUGAGCCAGGAGCAGCUGCUGUGACUGCAUCUGCGCUGCCUGCGUGUCUCCGACAGGCAGGGGAUGCAGCAAACCUCUGCCCUGAGCACAGAGGCUGCUAGCUGCACCCAGCAAGGGGAAGAACCAGGUGGGCUGGGGAGGGAGUGGGGGGCGCCUGCCUCAGGAAGGAGCUACCUUAACCGGCACUGUGGUCCUGCAGUGAUCCUCGCUUCAGAGUCAAGAGGCUCACCUGCCAUCUGUUGGAUCUGAACCUGGAUUUACUGCUUUCAGAGAUGAGAAGCACGUUCUUUGGCUUAGCCGCACAUCCAGCAGCUUGCUGAAAAGUGUGAAUGUGGGCAGCACAGGGAGCACUGGUACCACCAAGGACAUUGAGCCUUUUUCCUUUGGCAGACAGCUUACCUGGAGCUUUAUCAAGGAAUCUAAACUUGGAUUUUAUUAUGAAUUGAGGAGUUUGGAAUCAGCACACUGUGGAAAGCCUAAGCCAACGUUUCUUUGAUGUAGGAUUUACAAUAUGUCUACCUGACCGUACUCCGUGUGGCUGUGGAGUAAGGACGAAAUAUGAUUUAAGCAAAUGUCUAUUCCUUGAUCAAAAAUUACACGCGUACCUCAACAGUACUUUAGAAUGCUGCUACCUUCAUUGUAUGAGCCUUGUCCUAGCUCUCAAAGAGGUUGACCAAUGAAGCCAUGGGACUCAGCCAGAGCUUUACAAAUGGGGCCUGUGGUAAAGCCCUGGACCAGCCGGUGGGAGAGUGGCUGGAGCACGUGGGGCUGCCGCAGUACGAGAGCAAGCUCCUGCUCAAUGGCUUUGAUGACCUACGAUUCAUGGGAAGUAACGUGAUGGAGGACCAGGAUCUCAGAGACAUCGGGAUCACUGAUCCAGGACAUCGAAAGAAAAUCCUCCACGCGGCACGCAACUUGCCCAAGGUAAAAGCACUGGGGUGUGAUGGCAGCACAUCUCUUGCCACUUGGUUGGAUGGCCUUGGUCUGCAUGAAUAUCUGCCCAACUUUCUUGCCAGCGGCUACCGCACACUGGAGUGUGUUAAGAACCUGUGGGAACUGGAGAUCAUCAAUGUUAUUAAGGUUGGUCCUCUGGGUCACAGGAAGAGGAUCAUUGCCUCUCUAGCAGAGAGACCCUACGAAGAGGCUCCAUCUAAGUCCCGUCGUCUGUCCCCAAUUAUGUUCCAUGACCUCCUAUCCCAGACCACAUCUCCCCUGAGUCAGCUGGACCCCUACACCAGUCGCUCCAUGGACAUGCUCCUUCCCCUGACCGAGUCAGAUCGGAGGCGAAGAGGAGUUGACCAAGACUGUAGUGUAUCUCUGCGUUCUUAUAGCGAGAGGCCACGUUCUGUAGACAGACACAGCGACCGGCAUAAAGAGUCUCGUCUAAACCUCCGGCCGCCGAGCCACUCUGCUACCUAUGCCACGGUCUCCGCCUGGCAUCACCAGCCUGAGAAACUCAUUCUGGACUCCUGCGGGUACGAGGCAACAUAUCUAGGAUCAUUGAUAAUCAGGGAUCUACGAGGGAUUGAGUCCACACAAGAUGCCUGUGCAAAAAUUAGGAAAUCCAAGGACUCCAAAAAGGGUCCAGUUGUCAUACUGUCCAUUACCUAUAGAGGUGUUAAGUUCAUCGAUGCAGCCACAAAGACUAUAGUAGCAGAACAUGAGAUCAGGAACAUCUCAUGUGCCGCGCAAGACCCAGAUGACCUCUGCACAUUUGCAUACAUUACCAAGGAUCUGAAGAGCGGCCACCACUUCUGUCAUGUCUUCAGCACUGUGGAAGUGACACAGACCUACGAGAUCAUCCUAACGCUGGGACAGGCAUUUGAGGUGGCUUAUCAGAUGGCGAUUCAGUCCAGGGCGAGACACUACAUGCCUCCUUCAUCUCUGGGCUCUGAGGUCAUAGACACCAAAACCAGCCGUCCUGUAUCUCAGUCCUGGAGCAGCAUGCGAAGAUCAGCAGGUGCCCCUCUGCUCGAAUGCCGCUGCUGUCACUGUCACACGUGUACUACCCACCGUCCUUCCUUCCUCCCGUUGCACUCUGUUAGCCCUGGAGUCCAGAUCGACCCCCUGGAGAUGGACCCAGACAUGCAGUCCCUGGGCAGCACCACCUGGCUCUUGGACCAGCGGGACGCCAACAGGCGCCCUAUCAGCACCAACCUGUCCUGUCUUACCAGGCAUCUACCACUGUGAAGCACUAUGAGGAGGCUGCUUUGAUAGCAUGGGAUGCAAGAUGGACAAUUAAUCAAUGAAAGACAAAACAGCAACAUGCAGCAAACAACUUGUGUUUUCUUUUUGUUGUUGUUGGGGUUUUUUCUACGCAUUUGUACAAUACUCAUAGAAAGACCACAAGGAAUCGGUCACGAAUCUAAUCACUGAUGUCUGGACUCAAAACGGACCAAAAACUGAGACCUCGUAAACUCACACAAAUACACACAUACACACCCAGAAGGACAAUAUCAAGGACAACAGCCUUACUUCAUUACGGUUAUCUAUAAUCAACUAAAAUCCCCUAACCUGCCCGAACACCACCACCCAACAACUGCACGCCUCCACCCUGCUUCUAAAAGACUUUAAAGGCAAAAAAGAAAAGAAAAAAAGGCAACACUUCUUAUUUCCUGCUGUAUUUAAACUGACUGUGACUAGCUGGGAUGACGUUGAUGCAGAGAUGGUACAGUUUUUGUCAGGAUGAGUCUUUGCUCUGGCCUUGUACUGCCCAGUGCCUCUCAGCAGUCGUGGUAGCACUGAGAGCCUGAAAAUCACAGCUUCUUCUUAUUGUCAGUUUAAACAAAGAAAGAAAAAUGAAAAGGAACACUGUGUUUAAAAACAUGGCACUAUCCCUUUUAAGACCUUGUUUUCUUUUUUUCUUAUGGUGCAAAUUUGACAUUCGUGGAUUUUUGUGAUACUUUUUGAUAGACGGGGCAUAACUGAAAUGUGGGUUGGGGGGAAUGAUUACGAAGGGAUUGUAAAGAAUCCCAACAUUACUACCAGAGGCAAAAAAAAAAAACCAUAAACAAAACGUAAACAAAGUUUAAAAAAGAAUAUUGGGUGUAUUAAUGAGCCUCUAGCACAAUCUGAUGCACAUAUCCCGUCAUAGCAUCUUAUUAUCAUGAUUACUUGAGUAGGUAUCCAUGCUGUUUCACUCCAGUUUAGAAUUAGGUACAGUACAUGCAAAGUGUGUUACUUUGAGGGGGUGAAAAGAUUUUAUUCCACUACAUUAAAAGAGCCAAAUCUAAAUGUUGCUCUGGUGUCGUGUUAAUGCGAGUGGAUUUGUAAUGCUGAGAGCGUGGUACCAUUUUUUUUUUUCUUAAAAGAUUUUCCUCCUGCACUGUGACUGAAAAAAAAAGGUCGUCGUGAAGUCGACACAUAUCUGUGGGUUCUCCCCUGUGUGCACUACCUGCUGUGCGUGCUGUAUGCCUUGUUUCUGUCUGUCCUCAUGGGAGUUUGGACUCUUACAUCACUGGCCACUGUCCUUGUUUUUUGUGUGCUGCGGGAGAAGUGAAGGAUUGAGCUCGUGGAGGCUGACUGAUUUUAUUUUUUUUAUUACGGUGUAACCGGCCUGCGUGCGGUACCGUGGCUGUGUCAUUGCCACUCUGUUUCUGACUGUUAACUGUUAGCUUCCACUGAUGAUUGCAUGUUGGCAGUGUGUUUGUGUUUUCGUACCCUUUGAUGCACUUGGCCUGAGCAGUCUCUCUGUAUGUACCGUAGCAGUGUCUCGUCUCCUCUCACUCACCUGCCAUUCGCUUUUUACGUUCCCUCUCCCCGUCACACGCCAACUCAGCGCUUCACCCUCAUUUCGUUUUGCCAUCGUCGUCCAACAUUUUGUCACGUAUGUUCUCCCAUUCUGUGUGUCACCGAAACAACCUGCUCUAUUAUGGAUGCACAAUAUAAAAGCAUUACACUUAAAUGAGCAGCAAGCUAUUUAAAGCAAGUUUUGGUGGCAUGAUAUCGCUGUGCAUGUAACCGCUCUUUUUAACAUUGGUGUUUUCCUUGUGUAGCUCGCCCCAGCGUUCAAGUUUCCGGAUACCAAGCUGUGAGUUGAAGGGGAGCAGCCGAUGCGAGUGUGUUUGUGUGUGUUGAGUUAUAGCGGGCAGAGCAGUGUGAAAGAGCUAGAGAGAAACUGAGAGGUAAGCCUUAUGCAAUGUGCAGGGCCAAACCAGCGCUUACUCUGACAUUUAGAUCUCACUCCGUAUAUCCCCUGCUCCUCCACUGCCCCUGAGAUGAAUCCCAACACAGACUAAAAGGUAAACCGGUAGUCCCACAUCACUGGCUAAACAGGACCUGUGUAUCACUCCUGUCUUGAGAAAGGUCACUCAGAAAGGUCAAGUCUAUUUCCUGGCCUCCGUGUGACUUUCUGAUCUUGUUAUGUAGGUACUGUAAUGUUUAGAGCACUGUAGACCAUUAAUGAUAUAGACCAUUAAUGAGCAUUUCUAUUGAUUCAGGUCUAUUGAAAAUGUGGGAAUUAUUAUUAAAGGGUAACAAAAUGUAGAGGAAAAGAAAAAAAACUGUACCAGCAUACAAUGCUUUGCCCAUGUUUCUGGACAGAGUAUGGUUUGUCAAUGAAAAUGUGAUACUGUUUCAAAUUUCAAAGCAAUAUUAUAUUAAUGACAUUAAAUAAUACAAAGACUAAAGAAUCCCUCUCACGUCUGUUGUCAGCAUUGAUUUCUUUUAUAUGGCUGAGUAGUUAAAAGCAGAAACAUUACACCAGCUGUUUAAAAUUUAAAGUGACAAAUACAACAAACAUGGUAAUUAAUGUACAAUUAUACUUUCACUCUUUCUCCUGCCAAAGAGAUUAGUGGGUGGUGCAACUUUUUAUUCUAAACAAACGAUUAGCCCCCAGUCUCUGUUUCUCUCAUGUCUCCAACUGCAUUCAAGUCAGAGCCAAGCAUCCAGGUGCCUGGUGAAAACACACACACACACAUCAGUAUUCAACACAGUAAACGUAGCAUUUGCACAACAUGAAGAAACAUUUUUCUGUCAGGUAUAUGUUUAUCAGUUCUGUUGGGACGUAUAGCAAAGUCAAAGUUAAAUGAGAAUUGCCUGUCCUUUUUUUGCAUGUUUUUGCUAACCGUAUGAAUACAAUUCUUCAAAACUGGCAUUGUUUUAGAAAUGUUUUAUUUUAGCUACAUUCCAGCUAUGGGUAUACAUUUAAUUUAAAUAGAAAAUGAAAAGCUGACUCUUUAAAAUGCAUGUUGGGUCAUUCUGCAUAGCUCUCGAACCUAACAGCUCAGUCACACUACAGUAAAAGCAGGGAAAAAAAUUGCCCAUUGCUUUGUGUUUGAAUCCAUUCGUUUAUUCAGUUUUUGCAACUGGAGACCGAUUGACUAUAGUUGUGGCGACCAAGUGGUCAACCAGAGGUUGAGCGUGUAGCACCCUAAACCUCUGGACAAGCACACUGGACUGCAAGACGACUGCAUUGGUCACGAUAAUCCCCAGAAAGUCAAAUAAUUGCCAUUUAAUUUAUAAACGCAGACAGACUGGCAAACAAUCUGAGUUAGUCUACUCUGAUGAGUACAACCUGCCUGCUGUCCUGCAGCAACUAUGUAAGUAUUUGAGGAGGAAUUUCAAAUCUAUGAGGGGCUUGCUGGGCCCCACUGAAUAUAAGUUAAUGUUGGUUUCUGUUUAAUGAGAAUUCCUGAAGCAUUUGAGAUUUUCACUCAUUUAUCACAUUUAAUUGCUGUAUUUUCACAAACGCAAUGUUACUGCGAACUUAACUCCAGUCAGCCACAAACUGAUAGCAGACUGGCUGUGCUGCAGUCAGAUUCCAACGUGAUGCAAUAAUUUUGGUCGUGUCAUGGUCUCCUACCACUGCUUUACCUAGUGUGACUGUAGCAUGAAGUAUUAGAAAGCAACAAAGCAACACUGGAAAAAGUUAAUAUAAACUUUAUCUUUACUGAAAUUGAUUGACUGAAUAUAAAAGGUGGAUGUAGAUAGGGGUGGAUGAAUCUGAUAUUUGGAUCUGCUACCAAUGGGUCAUUCUGUUCAAUUUAAAUCUAGAUUUUACUGAAUUAAUUUCAUUUCUGUGUUUCAUGAGUCAAAAGCAUGGAGGAAGCUAAAAGCAAAGAAAUAGGAGUUUAUUUAUGACUUAUAAGUUAACUUAUUUGCUGAAAAGCUCAGACUCGGAUGCUUUCUCUAUCAGCUUCUCUCUCUUGUUUGCUCACUCUCACUGGUCCUCACUCUUGUUAUGCUCAGUGUAACACUUGUUAAAAAGCUUUUAUUGCAUUACUACAGUAACAUACAGUAACAUGUUGUCAGCUCCAUGUGGUAUUAUUUCAUCUCAUGUUUCUGUUAUUGGCUUUACCCCACGCAUGCAUAAAAGGUGUGCUCACAGUGACAGCAGGUAAAGGAGAAGUUCAUUUGAAUUUCAUUUAUAUAGCGCCAAAUCACAGCAGUAGUAGCCUCGAGGCACUUUGAGAAGUGUCACUGUAAAGUAUGCAGUGGUCACUCGCAGAGCUAAAAUAAGACUAAUUUGAAUAAAUUAGACGGAUAACAUUUUAUUUAUGAAAAGUAUAUUUGAAAGUAUAAUAAGUCUUUUAUUAAAAAACAAAUACAAGUUACCAGGUAUCGUAUCAUCACAAUUGGGUGCAUCACUAAGGUAGCGACCAAUGAAAUCACCAACUGUCUGCUUCUGUAUUUAUAAUUAUUAUUUAUUGUAUGAGCGGGGGGAAAAAACUGUAUAGUUGUGACCAAAUCUGUUUUUGUACCAAGAUUGUGGAUUAAACAUGAGAGUCAAUGGAGACACAAGUGGUCACUAAAGGAACUGCAGUUUUUCCUCACUUGUACACUGUCUGACUUUGACUGCUUCCAGAAUUGGCCCCUGCUGGCCAUUAUAAAGAAUCUAGGUUUAAGGCGUUUAUGCACUGGCUUUACUUUAUAGACCCCAGGGCUAUGUCCAUCUUUUUUAUACAGUUUGUUAAUGGGUUACAAAAAUAGUGCCAGAAGCAAAUAAAAGGGCACAAAUUGGUUUCUGAAUACUUCCUUUGCUUGUUGGCAGUCAGCUAUAGCACAGUCACUCCAAACAUUUGAAAUGUUAGCGUGUACAUACAUUUAAAACAGGACUCUUGUAAGCUUCACUACAAUAACAUGUAAUGGGGGAAAAAUACUAAAAACCGUAUUAGUAUUUUUUGAAAAGAAAAAAAAAUACAGAUUUUAAAAUAAGACCUCUUUAGGAUUUAACUUAUCCCAUUGUAUGUGCAUCCUGUAACAGUUUUUUUCUGAAAUAUUGCUUAAAAUGUAACAAGGUGAACGAUAAUUUCUUUCAAGCUCACGUGUUUUCAUGUCUUUGAAUGGCUGGUGGAAAAAAUAUAUCACUUUGGUAUUUGUUUAGUAGCACAUACCCGCUCCAAUGUCAACGACUGAAAGAAACACAAGUAUAUUUUUGAUUCAAGAAGAAAAAAAUAAUAAUAAUAAAAAUAUUGAAAAGGUG